ACAGGGGACACAAAUCUGCCCUCUAGUGGCGAAAAUCUUUAUUUAACUAACAGAACAGCGGCGGUGAUUGCUGGUUUAUGAUGACGUCUUUGAAGUUAAUUUGCUGGAAAAGCCUCGUUGUAAGAUGGCACUGUCGUUAACAAAUGCUAGAGGCGCAAUAACUUUAGAAGGUCUCUGAACCAAGCGAAAAACCCCAUUCCUGGUCUUUAGUCAGAUAAAAAAGCACAUGAACACCGGCAAAGCAGAGAAGGAGCAAACCCCUUCAGGUCAGCUUUUCUGACGUCAUCAGCCUGUGUCAGUCAAUCGGGAAACGUGCGUUCGCUUAAAGAGCGAUAUUGAUAACAAAAAAAAAAAAAUCAUUUUCUGACCAAAUCUAGUGCACACAGCUUAUUUAGCAGGACAUGGAUGAUGAAGAGGAAACAUAUAGACUUUGGAAGAUCCGCAAAACCAUCAUGCAGCUGUGCCAUGAUCGAGGUUACCUUGUGACCCAGGACGAGUUGGACCAGACUCUGGAGGAGUUCAAGAGUCAGUUUGGAGACAAACCGAGCGAAGGUCGUCCCAGACGAACAGAUCUCACGGUGCUGGUGGCACACAAUGAUGAUCCCACUGACCAGAUGUUUGUUUUCUUUCCCGAGGAACCCAAGGUGGGGAUCAAGACCAUUAAAAUGUACUGUCAGAGAAUGCAGGAGGAGAAUAUCACUCGAGCCAUCAUCGUUGUUCAGAUGGGCAUGACGCCUUCAGCAAAACAGUCUUUGGUGGACAUGGCACCGAAGUACAUACUGGAGCAGUUUCUACAACAGGAGCUGCUUAUUAAUAUCACCGAGCACGAGCUUGUACCUGAGCACAUCGUCAUGACGAAGGAGGAAGUGACCGAGCUUCUAGCAAGAUAUAAACUAAAAGAAAGUCAGUUACCGAGGAUUCAGGCUGGAGACCCUGUGGCGCGCUACUUUGGCUUGAAAAGAGGACAGGUGGUGAAGAUCAUUAGACCCAGUGAAACCGCUGGAAGGUACAUCACCUACAGGCUGGUGCAGUGACCCAAAGUGCGCCCCAGUGCAGCUGUGGCUACAUCGUAGCUCAUCACCAUCAGUGUGUGAAUGUGUGUGUAUGGAUGAAUGAUACACUUUAGUGUAAAGCGCUUUGGAGUCCUUACUCUGAGAGGCACUAUACAAGUGUGCGUCAUUCAUCAUAGUAAACACGUAAGACUUGAUGAUUCUGAAAAUUGUUUUCUUUUCAAGUUCUUCCGGAUCGAAGUUGAGGACCAGCGGCAUCUCACUCAUCUGUGGAUCGUUAGUCUGCUGAACUCCCAAUUUUUCCUGUAAUUACUGAAUUUUGUAAAAAAUAAAUAAAAGCAUCUUUUGUACUUGAA